ACCAAUAGCAGCUGGCAAGUGGGGCAAUUCAAUAAAGAAUAUUAUGUUCAACGAGUUAAUAACAGUCAACUAGGGCUGCUACUGACUUCUUCAAUUUCUGAAACUGUAGGACCAUAUGAGCAUGAACAUUAAGAACUUGAGAUCCUCCAAGACCAGAGAGAAUUCGAUUUUUUGUUUGUUUUUUUUUUUCAAUUUUUGAAGAAGAAUCUGUGGCAAAAUGUAUGUGACAAGACCUCUCUCAGGGUACAAAAAGUCUCCUGCUGAUCUUUCAUUGCCCCCUCCUGAAGGUCCAAAUUCUGGCAUUCUUGUUAUCCAAGAUGAAGAACCCAAGUGCUGCAUGAAUUUGUUCAAGACUGAUAUGAUUAAAGACCUGCCUCUCCCUCAGAACAGAAGUCUAGAGCUUUACUAUGCACAAGGGUUUCAUCCAAUGAGAGAACUUCAUUUUUUCAAAGUUCUAUUCAUCCCAGUUCUGAAUCAGCCCUUGUCUUCCAAUCAGUACUACGCAAUAUAUCCAUUUGGGAAGGAUAGAGGGGAAGGGUACACAAGCUCAAAAGAGGAUGAAACAGACAUGGACCCAUGUUGCUUCAGCAGCUGUUCUAAUGAUGUAAAGCCGCAACGUUUUGAUCCCAAAAACCUGUACCAGCAAUAUCAGAUUGAUCUUCACAGAAAACUUGUGAACAUUUCUGGUGGGUUUGUGGCUAAUUCUAUGGCUACAGAUGGUUGUCCCCCAGAUGCAUUGUGGAGAAGAGGGUGGAAACUCACUUGCUCAACGGCACAGGAGUUCGAACUAGGUGAUGCACCAGGCCUAGACACUACUCUCCGCGCCCAACUUCCUGGUUUUGAUUUCCCAUUGAAUAAUGUGGUUGUAGGGAAGUGGUAUUGUCCAUUCAUGUUUGUCAAGGAAGGCACACCGAAACCGUCGAGAACAAUAUACUAUGAGAUGACACUUGAGCAAAGAUGGGAACAAAUAUUUGUGAAGGAGCGUAAUAAGGAACAUGAUAUAGGCAAUGCUGUGAAUGUGGAUGUUGUUGUGCAAAGUGAGGUGGUUGCAGUUGUGCUUGGAGGGAGGGAAGGUGUUUGUGAUGAGAAACAUGUGGAUGAUGAUGGGGUGGUGUGGUUUAAGAGUGUCAACAAUGUGGGUGAAGAGAGAAGGGUCGGGGUGAGCUUAGCGAUUGUUGAGAGGAUGAAGUGGGAGCAAGAAAGGGUUGGGUGGGUUGGGGGAGAUGAAGGCAAAGUGAGAGUGGAGAGAGUUGAGGUAUAUGGAGGGAUGGGUGAGUGGAAGAAGUUUGGUUGUUUUGUAUUGGUUGAGAGGUUUGUGUUGAAAAGAAUGAAUGGGAGCUUGUUAGUUAGCCAUGAGUUCAAGCACACUCAUCAGAUCAAGUGUAAAUGGGAAUGAUAGAUUAUGUAGCUUGUCAAUUGGUAUAAUCUCAAUCUGGGAAAAUUUGUUCAAAUAUGUGGGCUUAUUCCACAAACUUGAAUCAAUGAUAAGUUUUGCAAAUUGGGCUUUUUCUGAAAA